AUGAAUCGUCCUCGUGGUCGUGGUCGUGGUCGUGGUCGCGGUACAGUGCAAGCCACUGAUGCAAUAGUGCCAGCACCUGAGCCAGAAGAAGUUGCCAGAACGGAUUCGCCAAUGCCCGGACCGUCACAUCAAAAACGAAGAAAACCACCACCACGAAAGAAACGCCGUAUAAAUCUUCGGUUUCAAUCAAGCUCGUCGUCAUCAUCAUCCGAUGAAAAUGAUCCUGAUGAUAUUGACAAAAUCAUCAUUAAUGAUCCGGCUCGCUAUGGUGGUUUGUCUCGUGAAGAAGUUGAAAAAAUACUUCAAGAGCACACAAAAGAAGUUUCAGAAUCGACUGAAGGUCGAAAACGCAAACGAGCAUAUCCAGCACCAACCGCAGCAAAGCCAUCAACAGUACGGGUGAGCAAUCAACCGUACAAUCCGAAAUCGGCCAUCGGUUAUGCCAUGUAUUGCGUGGUGAUUACGGAGUGGUGGAAGGAUACCGGCAUACCAUCACACAAUUCGCAAUUCGAAGAUAACUCCGUAUCGAACUUGCCAUCGCUCAUCCUCGCAUAUUAUUUACAAAUGCGAUACAAAGACUACGAUACGACCAGUGGUCAGAAGUUGAAGCCGUUUAAGCUCAAGAAAAAGAAGGCCGAGUUUGCGGAAUACAUGGAAAAUACACCAGAAGCCGAACAAAAGCGCCGAAAAUUCCCUGUUUCUUUGCAUGUUGAUUCGCCAGUCGAACAUAUUUUGCAGUACACCGCCAAACGAUUGUACGAGAAGAUGCAAGAAUACAACACCGAUAAGGCUGUUUGGGACAAUUUGCCUGAUGAAGAGCAGGAUGGAGUCGAAUCACCGCUUCAAAAAUUGCGGAAGCAAGAACUAAUGCAAUCGAAACUCCAAAUGGAGAAUAAUUUAAUGGUUUAUGGAUCGAAGAUCAAAGAUCCAUUUCGAGACGACCUCGCAUUGGCCAUUGGUCCAAUUAUCAAAACCCCAUUAUUUCUGAACGAGCAAGUCGUCCCUGAACUAAUUCAGGCAGUUUUGGGGGAUGGUUGCGGCCAACGCUUUUUGAAAACUAUACGUCGCUUGUAUCGAGAAGCCAUUAACAAAGACGAGAACGAUUUCCAAAGUGGAACAUGGAUGUUUGACCUUGCAUUUUGGAAUCCGUAUUUACGGUCGGCAUGCUCCACUGAAUUCAGCCGCGACGAAGUAUCGAACCAGGUGAUUGGUCAUCGUCCCUGGGACAUAAAUACCGCAAGAAAUGCCGACAUAGGGGACAUAGAAAAUGGAUCGUUCCAGAAAACCAACGCGAUACAUUCAAUCAUUUUGAAUGGCAAUUCAUCGGCUUCAUUUCAAUUCUGUGGAACGAUGUUUUUGCAUUUGUGGUCCCUGCGAGAUAUGGCCGAUAUGAACGAAUUCCGGUUGACCGAAGAACAGACCAGUCAAACCCUUGUGUAUCUAAACAAUUAUAUCCUCGAAAUGAUUGAACGAGCUUCAACUCGCGGUAUUGGUCUGGCAUUUUGUAAAAAUAUGUCUGAAAUUGCCAACAAAUACAUGUGGCGUGGGGCUUCUUUCGCAAGACGCGAAAACCUCUACACAUUGGUAAACAAAUUUGCCCAACCAUUCGCUCUCUUGGCGUCGGUUGACUAUGAUCAUUCGGAUUUCGAACCACACCAAAUGGACUUGGAAUUCUUCAAUUUAUUGAAAGAAAACUUUCCUUCCAUCUUUUCCACCCAAGAGGAAGUUGAAGAAGAUAGACCAGUGCGGCGACGAGCAGAUGACAUCACAGAUGAGGAAGAAGAAGAAGUUCCAACAACAUCAACAGCAAAUGAUACUUUGCUAUCGCCAGUAGUAGAAAGGAACACAACCUCGUCGUCGUUGUCAAGAAUCAACACCAAAAGAGGAGCAGCAGUGCAUACACCACCAAUGGCAAAUUCCACUUUGUUGGACCAAAUUAUCGUCUCAGAAACCGAGAGAGAACAACACUCCAUGGAUAUUGAUACUACAAGCAUGGAAUUGACGCAUCUUCAGCUCCAGGUGCAGGCACAGGCACAGGUUCACACGGUCCCACCAAUUACACCUGAAGAAUCCAUCGAUGAAACUGACAUCGCACCAGACCGGCAGCUAACCGACGAACAACGUGCCAAAAAUUUGAUAACAUUUUUGAAGCAAAUGUGCAGCGAGGAAGCCAACACCAAUUUCUCUUCCCGCGAAUGGUGCAUUUGCACAAUGAUCUGUGGUGGCAACGAUGCCCACUCCAAUUACCGCAAAAAUCGUCGCGGCGUCAUGACCAAAAAAUUAGGACCGCAAGUGCCAAUUCAUCAUGCGAAUUGCAAUGUUUGCAAGCGCAAAUCAUAUUCGCCUUGUGACCCAACAUUGCAAAGAUUUGUGAACAAAUUUGCUACCAAGCAACAAAAACAACAAGGUGGUCGAUUGGUACUGCUGACCGAUGAUCGAUAUCGUUACCGUUGCCACAAUUGUGAGCAAGCGAACUCAACGACUCGUACCGACAAUCGAAACCGUAAAGCCGCGGUCGUUAAAUACUUGGCCGACAAAUUUAACAUCACUACAACAUGCGAGUCUAUGGUGGAUUUAAUUGGUUGCGACUUCAACGUCGCGGACUUGGACCCUGAAUUCCGUCAGCAAUUCGAGCAAUCCUGGUUCGGCAACCCAAAUGAAUCAAUGAUGGACAAGUUGUUCGCAUUGCCAACCAAUUACCGGGAAAUCGAUUCGGAUACCGAGCAAGAUUCGCCGGACUAUCCUUGGAAAAUUGGCCAAAAGGUGGACGUCAAUUUUCAAUAUUAA